GGACAGGGGCGGGCGGGAGUAAAGGAAGCGAGUGAAGCUGCGCGCAGGGCUGAGAGGACGGAGAAGCGUGAGUGAGAGAGCCGCGGGCACCGAGCCAGAGGGAGGCAGAGCGGAGAGAGAGGGUCGGUAGUGUCCGUGUGAGAGCGCUGUACCCCGGGACGCACCGAGCUUCUGCCAUGAUGAAUGGUUCAAACAUUGGGAACAACACAUCUAAUGCCAAAUCGAACGACGACCAGGUUGUAAAUGGACACGAUGAAAAUGAAAAUAACCCCUUUGCUGAAUAUAUGUGGAUGGAGAAUGAAGAGGACUUCAACAGACAGGUGGAGGAGGAGCUGCAGGAACAGGAUUUUCUAGAUCGCUGUUUCCAGGAGAUGUUGGACGAAGAGGACAAGGAUUGGUUCAUUCCAUCACGUGACUUGCCGCAGGGUGUGGGCCAAUUGCAGCAGCAGUUAAAUGGGCUCACAGUCAAUGAAAAUCACAGUACAGAGGACAUAUUGAGCAAAAGCAGCCUCAACCCCGAUGCCAAGGAAUUUGUUCCGGGAGUGAAGUACUGAACAUUAUGGGCGACUUUUAAAACAAUAAAAAGAAAAACAAAACAAAAAAAACAAAAAAAAGACUGUUUUCCUUAAAUCUUCAGGACAAAAAGCUGCACAGAGAAAUGGGAGGGGCUUGGGGAGGUGGGAAAUAGUGAUGCUUUAGCUCGACACUGACUCGACUUCCAUGUGGAAUCUUUUUUUUUUUCUUCAGGCGUUAAAUGACUCCCCCUUUUUCCUUCCAGCAUCCAUUUUGGUGUUAUACUUGUGGGACACAACUUUUUUUUUUUUUUUUUUCCCCUUCAAUAAAAGGGUCGGGGGGGGGGGCAAGAAAUCUUCAUCAAAAGACCGAAUGCUGUUUUAUCUUCAACCGGAAGGUUCCUCCAUAGUGUCAUGAAUCUUUCUUCCUCCUUCCAAACCGCCAGUCAGCCUACAGCCCCGGCGCAGAGAUUGCGACGGAUCCCCAAGCACGAUUGAAUAUCUGUAUUAAUUAUUCCUCGUUAGUGCCAUGAAGAUACCAGGUAUUCACGCCACGGUGUUUAAUUUUAAGAAGAAAAUGCGGGCGCGGAAAUCCCGCCGACCUCACCAAGCAGAGAGAGCGCGUUCUCUACCAUUGCCAUUUUAUUUUAAUCGAGAACCAUCAGCUGUUUCUAUUGUUCUAGAAUCCAGAAAGGAUACAGAAAAUGAACCUUUGGGUUUAAAAAAAAAAUAAUGCCGAUUCCGAUAUCUACAGCGAGAGAGAAGGCAAGAAUCCACGUAUUUGUCUGCCCAUUGUAACUAUGCUGCAACCGGUAAACUUUUUUUUUUUUUUUUUUUUUCGCUUUCAAAUAGUGCGAUUAGUCAGAAUCCGACACUACAUAAAAGAAAAAGAAAAAAAAAAUGUUCACGGCUAUAAAAGCAGGAAAUCUGGGGCUGUUACAUGACGCUUUAUUGAAUGUUACUGUGGGUAAGUUUAAUGACGUCGCUGCCGCCAAAAAGCCGACUGGAUAGACGGCAGUGGUUGGGUAAAAUUUCCUUUUGCUUUGAAACCAUUACAGUGUUGACUUUCUCUAGGUCUUAGGAGAAGGCAUGGACUUUUAAUUUUUUUUUUUUUUUCAUUAAUUGAAACCUUCUGUUUAUCUGGAUAUAACGUGCGUUAUUAGCACCCGUUCCUUUCCAGACAUAACCAUGCCUUUCCACCAGGGGGCAGUACAUCAGCAAUUGUUCAGUCCGUACAGUAUGCGAGUUGGCUCCAUUCUAAAGUACAAAACAGGUCUGUCAAAUAAGCUAUCUUUUAAACUGCCUCAAGAACCAUACUGUUUUUAUGGAAUGACGUGGAAUAAGUCACAGUAAAAAUAAAGCAGCCUGAUCAUUGUAAAUGUC